GCGCCCGGGGGCCCCGGAGCCGCCGCCUCGGCCGCCCUGGACGAGCUGUCCCGGAACCUCACGUACGGGGCGCUGGGCGCCGGCAAUGGCUCCCUGUCGGGCCCUUGGUACCGCCGGAACCAGGCUCACCCUCCAGCCUACAUUCUCCCUUUUCACUUCCAGGAAGGAAAGCUUGACUUUCUCCAACACUGAAAAUACAUCGGCUUUAGUCUGCCUGAACGAGAUUCACCUUUUUGGAGUUUUGCUGGCCAUUUUAGGAAACUUGGUAAUCAGCAUUUCCCUAAAUAUUCAGAAAUAUUCGCAUCUUCAGUUGGCGCACCAAGAACACCCAAGGCCGUACUUCAAGAGCGUGCUGUGGUGGGGCAGCAUCGUACUGAUGGCUGUGGGAGAGACAGGAAACUUUGCAGCCUAUGGAUUUGCCCCCAUUACUCUCAUUGCUCCAUUAGGCUGUAUGUCUGUUACAGGUAGUGCCAUUAUUUCUGUUAUGUUUCUGAAAGAAAAUUUGAGAGCCUCAGAUUUACUAGGUAUGACACUGGCAUUUGCAGGAACAUAUUUAUUGGUGAACUUUGCUCCAAAUAUAACUCAGGAUAUCUCCGCAAGAACAGUACAGUAUUACUUUGUUGGCUGGCAGUUCAUGACCUACGGGAUUUUAGAAAUACUAAUUUUCUGCAUUCUCCUGUAUUUCCAUAAAAGAAAAGGAAUAAAACACAUUGCGAUUCUGCUAACCCUGGUGGCACUUCUAGCCUCAUUGACUGUCAUUUCAGUAAAAGCCGUCUCAGGCAUGAUCACUUUUUCUGUGACGGAUAAAAUGCAACUAACUUAUCCCAUCUUCUAUAUCAUGUUUAUCAUCAUGAUAGCAUCUUGUGUUUUCCAAGUCAAGCUCCUGAAUCAAGCCACAAAACUCUACAGUACAGCGACGGUGGUGCCCGUUAACCAUACUUUCUUUACAAUCAGUGCCAUUAUUGCAGAAAUUCCUCUUAAAGCGACAACAACAAAAAAAAUCCUAAAAUACUGGGAAAAAAAUAUGUAGAGAAGUUUAUUGACACUUUACAAAAGCAAAACAUUUGAAACAAUUUAAAAUGUCCUUCGAGAAAUGAAUAUUAUGGGGCACCAGCUCAGAAUAACAAGAAAACAUUACAAUGAUCACAAGGAAAUGUGUAAUAACAUGGAAAAAUGCUUCAGAAGUGUUGAUUCAUUCAACAAAUAUUCAUCAGAAUGGGACAUGGCUUAUUCCUGUAGGAAGUUUAUCCUCUAAGGUGAGGAGAUAGACUUGAGACUGAGAAAGCCCCUGUCUUGUUCCCUGUGGUAUCUGCAGCACCUAAGCAGUGGCUGGCACUUAGGACUCUCAAUAAAUACUUGUCAACAGGGUAGCAAGGCUAACACCACACACACACAAAUUUGAUGCCAAGUAAUAUAUAAUUUAAAGAUAACUUAUUUAGUAAAAACUCUACGAAGGCUUUGGGACCAUAGGCCAAGAGGAAAUCAUUGAGACUAACAAGGAGAGAAGAAAAGCUCAUCGGAGUAAAGGACACAUCCACAUUUCCCUUCACCCAGAAGGAAAGACCAGAUGAAGGAGAUGGGAGAGGGGGUUGGCGGUGAGAAAUGGAGCUGGGGUAGCAGAUCAGCAUCCUCCAGUGCCUGAAUGAGCAUGUGCCAGACCCACAAACCGCAGGGCGUUGCCAAGACUGACAGCAUGGGGAGCAGCUGGCCUGAAGUGCGAGCGCCGUGUCAAAGGCCCAGAGUCCACCCAGAUGCACAGGUCAGGCUUGCUGACCCCUGGCUUGAAACUGUAGGUGGGAAAUAUCACUCGAGUUUUGUUUUCUUGCACGUGCCAGUGGGACAAAUCUUGGACUGGAUAAGAAACUUCUGUUGGCAAAAGUUAUGUUAAUGGUGCUGAUUUUUUAAUAAUGAUACUUACAUUAUAUAAAGUCUACAAAUCUGUGUUCUUUUGGGAUCACUGAAAAUGUUAGUAUGGCAUGCAAAUAUUUUUAAACUACAGGAUGUG